AUGGAGAUCACUUAUCAGCUGCCCCAGCCGCAGAUGGGAGUCCGCAUGCUGCAAAUGAACACAAACUCCAUCACGCUUUUGCCCAGGCGUUCGUCGUUCAAUUCCCGGCCGCUCUCGGAAGCAACCGAGAUCUUGGACACUGACGACGAAACCGAGUAUUUCGAGUUUGGCUCUCCCAGACGAAGUGUAGAAUCGCUGGAAAACGACUCGGCAACUACUUUAUCCACGCCAGAUGAUCUGCCCACUCCUAGUGCUCUGGACACUGCAUUCAAGAUUGGGCUGGACGUCAACAAGCCCGUUCAAGGACCCACUGGCCCGCAUCUCUUUAGAUCAUCCCUGGAUGCGUCUAUAGCUGGCAAGUCAGACGAGAGUGAGUGGCAGUUUCCCUCAUCUCCAAAUCCUUUGGAUGGCGCCAGAAAUUCCACCAUUCUCUUCAAUGAGCAGAUAUUCGACUCUAGGCCUCAAGUAGAGGAGAUUAGGCCCGGCAGUGCCCUGAGUAUAGCACGAGCAUCCCCCCAUCAAGAUGUCAAUGAUGUUCGAGCAUGGACACCUGCUCAGGUUGCCGAGUGGAUGUACGAGGCCGGCCUUGAAGACAUGGUGGUUGAGCGUUUCAUCGAGAAUGACAUCUCCGGCACUGUCCUGUUGGAUCUUCAGAUUGAGGACUUGAAAGAACUGGACAUACAAUCCUUUGGAAAACGUCACUGCCUGAUGAAUAUGAUUCAAAACCUUCGUUCUGGGGCCUGCACUCGCCCAAACGAGCUACCAUCUGUCCGGAUGAGCAGAUCUGCGUCCAUGCGGAGAACUGGAAGCAAGGAAACUCCAGUCCAGUCCCCCAUCAGCGACAGAGAUACUUCUCGUCGUCGACGCAACCGGGUGAUCUCAGAAAAAGACAUCAUUUCACCAGGAGAAUCCGUGUCCAUCGUCGCCAUUGAACAGCUGAUCCCCAAACCACACAAAUGCUCCAAAGGGGAGAACUGUCCAAAAUACCAGAAACGGCAGCGCAAAAUUGCCCGUAUCGCAAAGGAAUUCCCAAACGAAUUUGCACAAGUAGGCGAAGAUCAUGUCUCCGUCAAACUAUCCAGCCCUGUCAAACCGGAUGACGGCCCUCGACCAAAAUCCGAUGCUACUCCCUCGGUUGUUGCCUCCUCUGAUGUUCUUGGACCAUCCCAGUUGUCUGAUCUCAAGCUCAAUGCUGAAAACUUGAACGGAGUACAACCUAGAGACCCACAGGAAAACGUUCGGCAGUUUCUGACCUUUCAACACAUGCACAGCCCAUCCAACGCUGAAUACAACCAACCUGCUCUUGAAAUGUUCCCUCCUCUCUCUCCUCCAGCAUCAUCUUCACUUCCCCUUCACAUGACCAAUCAACUUCGGAGCCUCCCAAAACUCGUCAUACCCCGGAGCUCUUCCGCGGACAAUGCGUUUUCUCCGGAUCGGACAAUCACCCCGUCGUUGGGGCUGCAGCCGAUGGGCUCUGCAACUGCAACGCAAGAAAUGAACCCCUUCCAGUUCGGUCAGGAUGUCUUCCGCCAGGUCACGCCCUUUUCAGAAAUGGACGUCCCGGUUACCGCCAUGCCGAUCGAACCACUAGAUCGCGACGGUUCACAAUCUGUACCACCAAACAUGAGAUACGGUACACUACAACCGCCCGCUAUUGACUCGAUCCCUCGUCCUCCAUCUGUGCGACCUGAUCAUCAUCGCCGGCGCCCUUCGUUUGCAGCAAUGGCUCCCCUGACAGAAGGGCGAGUUCUCCCGCCUAUCAACAACCCGUCCGACCUCCGAACUAUCCCUCUCGCCAAAUCACAGGCGCAACAAGUAUCAUCACCUCAGUCGGCUGUUGAACCUGGGCAGACUGCCACAACAUCCUCGAAGCAUCCGGACGCUGCGUACAGCGGAUGGAUGAAAAAGAGGAAGACCCGUCUUCUUCGCCAUGAAUGGCACGAUGCACACUUCACCCUAAAAGGCACCGUUCUAGCUAUGCAAAAAGACGACCGCGAUUCUCGAGCCCUCGAGACAAUCGACGUAGACGACUAUGCUGUUGCUUGUUCCUCACUAGCGACUAAUUCUAAGCUCACGGCAGCGUUCAAACGGUCUGCUCUUCGUAAGGCGGCUAGUCUCUCCCAGAACGGCUCCUCGUAUAGAGGCAUUGAUGAAACCGCCUUUGCCUUUUCGUUGAUUCCAGCGUCUGGAGAAAAGAAAUCGCUCUUUCUUGGCUCAGGCAAAAGUCAUCACUUCGCGGUCAAGUCACGAGAUGAGAGGAUCAACUGGAUGAGAGAGUUGAUGCUCGCCAAAGCUCUCAAGAAAGGCAAAGAGGGAGGGAAUGAGAUCUGCGUCAACGGAAACGUGAUUUAG